GUCCUUUUUAUAUCAUACAAAACUCUUCCUGCCCCUCCCAUUUUCCCUAUAUAUAUUUCUAUAUAACUCUCCCACUUUUCUCCAGCCUGCAUUAGAAUCAUAAAAAAUUUGGGUCACUCUCUUUUAAGACAAUGACAGAGCCAAACCAUUCUUCAUCAUCAGAAACUGAGAGUUGCAGCACCAAUAAUAAUUCCAACUCAUCCCGCACAUCUUCUUUCUCACAAACUCGCCACAACUUGUCAAGGAAACCCAAUCGUGAAGCCUCGGAGGCAGACAGCAAAGCUAAAAGACCAAGAGACUCAAGCAGCAAGCACCCAGUUUACAGGGGAGUCAGAAUCAGGAGUUGGGGCAAAUGGGUGUCCGAAAUCCGUGAACCCGGCAAGAAAUCUCGCAUUUGGCUUGGUACUUUCGCUACCCCAGAAAUGGCAGCGCGUGCUCAUGAUGUAGCUGCUUUAAGCAUCAAAGGUCACUCGGCAAUUCUCAACUUCCCUGAGCUUGCCGAGUUGCUUCCUCGACCAGUUUCGUUAAUGCCCCGUGACAUCCAAGCUGCUGCAGCUAAAGCUGCUUCAAUGGUCAAUUUCAAUAGCCUAUCGUCAUCAUCUUGCUCUUCAUCUUUAGUAUCCGAAUCAUCAUCUCUGUCAGAGUCCAAUGCCUCGGAAGAACCUGAGGAACUGAGUGAAAUUGUUCAGUUACCCAAUAUAGACGGGAAUUUCGAUUCGUCAUUUGACUCACAAAACGAGUUUAUCCUCCUUGACUACGUUGAUGGGUGGGCAUAUCCACCACAAGAUUUGUAUAGAGGAUUUUCUGAUCAGAUGUGGGCUGCAGAGAAUCUAAUCCCAGGCAGCUUUGAAAUUUCCAUGUGGGAAUAAGUUGCUAAGUUGAUGGGCUAUUUUUUCACAACUUUUCUUUCUUAGGAUUACUGUAAUUUUCUGGGGGAAUUUUUUCAAUUUGUCCCAUUUUUGCGAACAGGUCACUUGUCACUUGUCAUAUUUUUAUAAUAUAAAAUCACACAAGUCAUAGUUAGGUUUUUUCUAUUUUGA